CCGCUUUCUGUUAAAAUGUUCAUAGUCGUGAAUGUUGAGUUUAUGGGAUCAUGUGAGGAAUGUUAAAUCAUUAUAUUUGAGAAGUUGAACUCAUCGUUUACAAUUAGGGGGUAUUUGUACUCAAGUGUGAGUGGGGGUAAGCAGCACGACUGUCACCCGAAAAUGCUAACAUUAACUGUUGUGCGCAGACAGAGGCACAGGCUCAAAUGGUUUUCUGGAUUUUGGAGACAAAUGAGCAAAAGGCUUGUUUUGGGCAUAGAGACUAGCUGUGACGAUACAGGGGCAGCUGUUGUUGACGAAACAGGACAGAUUCUAGGGGAAUCGUUACAUUCUCAAAAGGAAGUGCACUUGAAGUUUGGAGGUGCAGUGGCCGCAAGCACACCUCACAAUUUCCCCAGAAAUUGUACCGUCUCUAGUAUCAGUUUAGUAGGGACUGGUGGGAUUAUCCCCACUGUUGCACAGCAGCUUCACAGAGAAAACAUUGUCCGUGUCGUCCAGGAGGCAAUGAAGAGCAGUGGCGUUACCCCAAGUAACCUUUCCGCCGUUGCCACCACAGUGAAACCAGGCUUGGCCUUAAGCUUGGGGAUAGGGCUAGACUUCAGUCGGGACUUUGUGAAGCAACACCAAAAGCUCUUCAUUCCCAUCCAUCACAUGGAGGCCCAUGCCCUCACAGUCAGGAUGCUUCAGCCUGUGGCCUUCCCUUUUCUGGUCCUCCUGGUUUCUGGAGGCCAUUCUCUACUGGCUUUGGCUAGAGAAAUUGAUGACUUCCUACUCUUGGGUCAAACGCUGGAUGAAGCUCCAGGGGACACUUUAGACAAGGUUGCAAGAUGCUUGUCACUAAUAAAACACCCUAAGUGCUCCGGAAUGAGUGGGGGACAAGCUAUAGAGCUUCUAGCUCAAGACGGUGACCGGUUGAAGUUUUCCUUCAAAACACCAAUGGGCAGCCACUAUGACUGUGACUUCUCAUUUGCUGGUGUAAGACAUCAGGUGCUAAUGGCAAUUAUGAAAAAAGAAAAGGAGGAAGGUGUGGAGCAAGGGGCAAUGUUGUUAUGUGUAAAUGACAUAGCUGCAGCUGCACAGCAUACAGUGGCCUCUCACAUUGCUAAGCGCACUCACCGUGCUAUUUUGUUCUGUAAGGAAAAGCGCUUACUACCUUCCUCAAAUCCAACCCUGGUUGUUUCAGGGGGAGUCGCUAGUAACCUGUACAUCAGAAAGGUUUUGAAGAUUGUCACUGACACCACUGGACUACAUCUCCGUUUUCCUCCAUCCAAGUUUUGCACUGACAAUGGCGUCAUGAUUGCAUGGAAUGGUGUUGAGCGGCUAAGAGAAGGAAAGGGAAUCCUGUCACACAAUGAGAAGGUCUUCUAUGAGCCCAAGGCACGUUUGGGUGUGGACAUAUCAGCUGAAGUGAAGGAGGCAGCGAUCAGACUACCAUCUUUGAAGUUGAGAAUUGUGGACUGAUUUUCAAAAACUGAAAUUAGUGUUACAAGACAUUUUCAUGGAAAAGUGUGUUGCAAAGGACUGAUGGUUUUGCCCCCUUACAGUGCGUGUCCACUGCAGCGACGCGAUGCGAGCGACAACAUGUUUUCCAUUCAUUUUCAAUGGAGCCAGGCGAAUCGCUUGCGUGGUGCAUUGUGGGUAGCGACGAGACCGAGUUGAGAUUUUCUCAACUUUAUGCAAAUGAGGAGCGAUUUUCGCUAGCGAUGGCCAAUCGGAGUGUUUUCUUGUUUCUCGUAACGUAGCAACCAUGGUGAACAUUUCUAGCUUUCUAGGUUUCAAGGUGGAGGAGAAACUAAUCGUUUGUGUGGCUGCUUACCCAGUCCUGUACGAUACAUAGCUGUAUUCGUACAGAGAUGUUAAUAAAAAACGAUGCAUGGCGCAAGGUUGCCGAAGUUGUUGGUGCUUGUACUUUCAAAUUCAGUCUAGUCACAUUACGUAACUUCGUUCUGUGGUAACUACAGUAGCUAGCUAGCCCGGCUGGAACUCCCUAUCGUAUCGACAGAUUAGCAGACUUUGAGUAAUAUAAUAAAAUGUUUUUUACACAUGUCAACGUUUAUGUCUAUUAAACAGUUUUGUAUUUUGUAUACAAGUUGUAUUUUGAUCGAUGUUGCGAGUACGUAAACCCAAGUCUGCACACUUGGCCAUGACAACUACAACAGUGACUUUAGAGAACUACAUUUUACAUUAAUCUGUUUGAAACCCCCCCCGAGCGUGGUGAACUGUGGGAAGGCGAGCGAUGGCAAGCGAUUUGCGUCGCUGCAGUGGACACGCACUGUUAGACUGUGCACGUGAACAGCCCUUUCGCUGCUGCUGGGUCAUGCCGUUAGUGCAUGCACCCCUUAUGGCUCCACUGGUACAGCCAAUCGGAGUGCAGUCUCGGGAUGCUCGCGCUGACGGUACCCAGUGGCGGGAAUAGCGGAGUAGUGGACAUAAGUUUAUGGUGCGGACAUUUCGGUUUAUAAUGUAGAGUGCGAGAGUGUUGUAUUGUGUGCGUUCAGAUACCUGUAAGUAUUUAUAAUGCUUCUUGUUAUGUCUAGUUAUGCUGUUAUGAGUCUGUGAGACACGGUAUUGAAGUAGUUAAUGUGUUUUAUGAUGCCGGUGUCGUGGUUACCUUAUCAAUGCUAACGUAAUCGUUGUUAGCCAACUAGUGACAUAUUUACCUGAGCUGUUUAGCAGCUGGAAUGUCUACGUGAAUAAUGUAGAAAGUAGUGUCACUGCAGUAAUGUUAUUAAUAUUGCUUGAGAGAAUAUUGAUAUUAUUAAUGUGAGGUAGUCACUAGCAUUAUAUUUUGAGAUGCCUAUUAUUGUAUGAUUGCUAAGUAUCUGUUGUAUUCUGUUUCUUUGCAGAACCACACACAAACACACGCACACACAAAAGCAAAUAUAACCAACACAAUUCCUCUUUUCCAAAUUCCUCAAUUCCAAAUGGCUCAACUGUACAAUAAAUAGCAACUUUGGAUCUGUACAUCAUCUCAGGCAUUUUAAUCGGAUGCACCACAGUGGCUUCUAACAAGUACUGACCAGAGAACAUAGUCUCCACAACAAAGUGAGUUGAUUAUGUUGUCUCUAGUUUUGUGCCAACAAAACAUGGCUCAGUAUCCUGGUGUAAAUUGAAUUGUCUGCUUUUAAUUAAAUAAAAAAG